UACAUCUCCCGUCAGCCUCUCUGCCAGCUUCCGGCAGCUUCUCCCGGAAGCGGCGAAGAGCAGCCUGGCCUUGUUAAGCUGAGAAAUGGAGGAGAUCGGGAUCCUGGUGGAGAAAACGCAGGAUGAGCUUCCCGCUCUCUCUAUCUCGAGGCCUCAGACUGGCCUCUCCUUCCUAGUUCCUGAGGCUGAGGAUGUGGAGGACCUGUACAGCCGUUACAAGAAAUUACAGCAAGAGCUGGAGUUCCUGGAAGUUCAAGAGGAGUACAUCAAAGAUGAACAGAAGAACCUAAAGAAGGAGUUUCUGCACGCCCAGGAGGAGGUGAAACGAAUCCAGAGCAUCCCGCUGGUCAUUGGCCAGUUCCUGGAGGCGGUGGAUCAGAACACAGCCAUUGUUGGUUCCACCACAGGCUCCAACUAUUACGUCCGGAUCCUGAGCACCAUUGACCGGGAGCUGCUGAAACCCAACGCCUCUGUGGCCCUGCAUAAACACAGCAAUGCCUUGGUGGAUGUAUUGCCCCCUGAAGCCGACAGCAGUAUCAUGAUGCUCACUUCAGAUCAGAAACCAGACGUGAUGUAUGCUGACAUUGGUGGGAUGGAUAUUCAGAAGCAGGAAGUGAGGGAAGCAGUAGAGCUGCCCCUUACCCACUUUGAACUCUACAAACAGAUUGGCAUUGACCCUCCACGGGGGGUGCUGAUGUACGGCCCGCCUGGUUGCGGGAAAACCAUGUUGGCCAAAGCAGUCGCUCAUCACACCACAGCUGCCUUCAUUCGGGUAGUAGGAUCCGAGUUUGUGCAGAAGUACCUGGGCGAGGGGCCGCGCAUGGUGCGGGACGUCUUCCGCCUGGCCAAAGAGAACGCCCCAGCCAUCAUUUUCAUUGACGAGAUUGAUGCCAUUGCCACUAAGCGCUUUGAUGCCCAGACCGGGGCUGAUAGGGAGGUUCAGCGCAUCCUCCUGGAGCUACUCAACCAGAUGGAUGGCUUUGAUCAGAAUGUUAACGUCAAGGUGAUAAUGGCCACGAACCGAGCAGACACCCUGGAUCCUGCUCUGCUCCGGCCAGGCCGCCUAGAUCGUAAAAUUGAGUUUCCCUUGCCGGACCGGCGCCAAAAACGGUUGAUCUUCACCACCAUCACCAGCAAGAUGAACCUGUCUGAGGAAGUGGAUCUGGAGGAUUACGUGGCGCGGCCGGAUAAGAUCUCAGGAGCUGACAUAAACUCCAUUUGCCAGGAGGCUGGCAUGCUGGCUGUCCGGGAGAACCGUUACAUUGUGCUGGCCAAGGACUUUGAGAAGGCCUACAAGACUGUCAUCAAGAAAGACGAGCAGGAGCACGAGUUCUACAAAUAAAAAGAUGGGAGAAGCAGGAUGGAGA